AUGCAGAACGAUCGCAUCGCGACGAUUCAGCCGAAGAAAGAAAGCUGUGACUCAUUCAAGAAAUAUUGUGAACAGUUUUUCAAGAAAACGGUGUUUUCGCUGCCUUGUCGUUCCUGGUACAAGCGAGGCACUGAGAAUGGUCCCGUCACUGCUCUCUGGCCUGGAUCAUCUAUCCACUUUGUGAAGGUCUUGGAGAAGCCCCGCUUCGAGGAUUAUGACUACACGUAUCUUGGUGGAAAUGACAUGGGGUGGAUCGUUCUCAAGGUAUACAUUGCCCACAUGAUGUCCCAGAACGCCGCGCUCGCGAAUACCGCUAUUACUCUGAUCGACAGUUGA